AUGGCGCAGGCAGGGGCCCCACACGACGCCAUGCUGUCCAGGAUCCUGGCCAUCGUGUCCAGGAUGGAGGCAGCGUUGAAAAAAUACGCCAAAAGGAUCGAGAGGAUCGAAAAGAAGAUGGAGGAGGUCUACACCCCGGCCGAGACCUCCACCGACGAAGACACCUCGGACUCGGACGAGUCCAUGGACGUCACGUCCGCAAGGCCCCCCCUGGAAUCCCCGUUCGAGGAGCCCCCGUUCCAGGAGGUCCCCCCGCCAGACGGCGAGGAGCAAGCCCCUACGCCAUCCACUUCGGCCACAAAGCCGAAGAUACCGUCUCCGCCCCCGACCGUGGUGCCCAAGCCACGAGCCAAGCCCCCGGCCACGGAGAAGCCAGCCCCAUCUGCUGCUGGCAAGAAGCAGCAGAAAAACGUCAAGCCCCAGACUGCCCCCCCCCCUGCUGCCAAGCAGCAGAAGAAGCCCCAGCCCCAGGCAGGCCCACGCCGGGACACCGCCAGGGCCAAGACCGCCACCACCGCCGAGACCACCCCCGUCGUCGACGAGACCCCCGCCGAGCCGCGGCCCGAGUCCCAGACCCAGACCGUGGAGGAGACCAUGGAGACGGAGAUCCCCGUGGAGACACCACGUCCCCCAAUCACCCUGAAAAGCAGGAUUCCACCCAUAAUCCUGUGGGACGGCCAGAGAUGGUCAGAAGUUUCACGCCGGAUGACUGACAACUCCUUCCGGGACUCGAAAGCGAAGUCCACCCCGGAAGGAGUGCGAAUUCAGCCGGUAAAGGUGAGCGACUUCAGAAGGCUUGUAAGACUUCUGGACAGUCUGAAGGUGCCGUAUCACACCUUCACGCUCCCGGAGGAGAAAACCCUCCGCGUCGUCAUCCGUGGCAUCGCCGUAGGCGUUGCCAGCCAGGAGGUGCUGGAAGACCUGGAGUCUCUGGGUUUUCUAACCAAUCCAGGUUAG